CGGGGCGAUGUAGGGGACAUGCCCUGACGGGACGACGAGCGGUCGGGGCGCCGCCUGCGAGGGCACAGCUGCGCCAGCGGAGCUACCCGCUGCGGGUCGGCCGCGCCCGGCCAGGCCCCCGAGCGCCGCCGCUAUGGCUGGGGCCGGGCUCUGGACGAGCAUCAAGUCCCUGCUAGGGAGGAGCGAGGACCCUCUGUUCCUGAACGACUCCAGUGCCUUUGACUUCUCGGACGAGGUGGGGGACGACGACUUCCCCAGGUUUAAUAAACUGCGCGUGGUGGUGGCGGACGAUGGCUCGGAGGCGGCCCCGGAGACACCGGUGAACGGGGCGUCCCCGGGGCUGCCGUCCGACGACGAGUCCCUGCUGGACCGGGACAUCGCCCUGCGCAGCGCCCGGGCCGGCCGGCCGGACCCCUGCAGCGGCUGCAGCAGCCGGCGGGAGCGCUCCAAGCAGAGGAAGGUGAAGAAGCGGCUGACGCUCGCUGCCCUCCUGUACCUCCUCUUCAUGACGGGGGAGCUCAUAGGUGGCUAUGUUGCUAACAGCCUAGCAAUUAUGACAGAUGCACUUCACAUGCUAACUGACCUUAGUGGUAUUAUUUUGACCCUCCUCGCUCUCUGGCUGUCUGCAAAAUCUCCGACAAAGAGGUUCACUUUCGGAUUUCAUCGCUUAGAAGUACUGUCAGCCAUCAUUAGUGUACUGCUGGUCUAUAUCCUUAUGGCAUUCCUCUUGUAUGAGGCUGUUCAGAGAACUAUCCAUAUGGACUAUGAAAUAAAUGGUGAUAUUAUGCUCAUCACAGCAGCCGUCGGUGUUGCCGUUAACUUAAUAAUGGGGUUUUUGCUGAAUCAAUCUGGCCACCUUCACUCCCACUCCCAUUCCCAGCCUCACUCUCACGUACCUCGGCCGAGCUCUCCAAACACAGCCCAGGGCAGCAGCCAUGGACACAGCAGCCUGGCUGUGAGAGCAGCCUUUGUCCAUGCCCUGGGGGACCUGGUACAGAGCAUUGGGGUGCUUGUAGCUGCCUACAUCAUCCGCUUUAAGCCAGAAUACAAGAUUGCUGAUCCUAUAUGUACAUAUGUAUUUUCCAUACUGGUGAUUUUUACAACAAUUCGAAUUCUGUGUGACACGGGAGUUAUUAUUCUGGAAGGAGUUCCAAGGCACUUAAAUGUGGAUCGCAUCAAGGAAGACUUGAUGAAAAUUGAAGAUGUUUAUUCUAUAGAAGAUUUAAAUGUUUGGUCUCUCACUGCAGGAAAAACAACUGCCAUAGUCCAUUUGCAACUAGUUCCUGGUAGUUCAUCUAAAUGGGAGGAUGUUCAGACCAAGGCCCGACAGCUGUUGCUGAACACGUUUGGAAUGUACAAGUGCUCUGUCCAGCUUCAGAGUUACAAACAGGAAAUGAGCAAAACCUGCGCGAGUUGUCAGAGUUCCAGUGCCUAAUUUCAUACGUUUUGGGAACUGCUGCCUUAUUCUUUACCUUGUGUAGUCAAAGACUGAGAGCAAUAAAUGCAAAAUGAAAAUUAUCCAGUAGUAACCAUUAAUAUGUGGAUUUGUACCAUGGGACAUGCAGCAGGGAGAACUGGUGCUGCAAAAAGUGCAGCGGUUGCCCUACAGAACAUGUAUUUCACUCUCUCCGUUGUACUGGUUUAUUCAAUUUGUUAUGAUUUUGAGACAAAGCUGGUUUUGGAUUAUUGUUUACAAA